CACGCGCCGUUUCCAUGGAGACGCGUCCACACAGUUACCACGAGCAGCAGCGUUUGGUGUUUGCUGCUUGAAGCAGUUGGAAAACUUUGACUUUAAGCACUUUUGGUUAUUUAUACAGUGCUAUAUUUAACUUCACACGGUGGAAGACGCCGUCAGAGGAAGUAUUUCAGAGGUAAGCGUGCCCACAGAGGUAUCGGUCUCUCAGGAUGGCUGACCGAGGGACCCCCCAGCCUGCCCGUUCAUCUUCCAGCAUGUCCAUGCAGUCCGAUUCAGGGAAAGGUCACUCCAAGAGCAAACUCAUUUCCUCCACACCGGUCCCCAGUGAAGUCUCUCUAGAAGUGCCAGAGGUUGCAGUUGAGAAAGAGAAGCCUGUCUCAAAGGUGGAUGUUUCAGCAGAGGAAGCAGAUUCCUACACGGAACGGCUGAGAGAAGCUUUUAAACGGCGUUUAGCAUUGAGUGGUGUUUCAAAGGAGUCCUGGACAGAAGAAAGUGAGCGAGCCUUGGAUAAAUUCAUCUCAGACUCUUCUGUCAGGCUUCUCAUUGUCUACCAUGACCCUUUCACCAGCCUACGCGUGGAGUACGCCAUACCAGCUCAGGUGGUGGAGCAUAUGUCCUACUUCAUUCGGGCAGAGGACAGUAUAAUCACAGAGGAGAGUUUUAGGAGCAUGUUGCAGUUUGGUUCUGUAAGGGGAGGGGCCAUAAAGAGUCUCCUCAGGCUGAUGAAUGGCGUUCACACCCCUCAGGUCACCCUUAGCACUGCCUGGCCAGAGACCGCCAAGAACAACUACUCUGUAGAAUUGCACCGCUUCCUCAGCAAACUUACAGACAGCAGAUUUAAACUGCUGGGCAGCACUGUGCUGUACGUCCCUCUGGAGGCUCUGCAGCACCGCCCAGAGGAGGCCGUCACCAACAAGAGUCUGGUGCAAAGGCUGGAGAUGGUGAUGAUCCACUGGACACGUCAAAUAAAAGCACUGCUGAGCGCUCAACCCGUGAGUGACAUAGGAGACACCUCGGGCCUCCUGGAGGAGAUCUCUUUCUGGAAGAGCCGCUGUGCUGAUCUGGACAGCAUUAGUAAGCAGCUGCAGAAACCUGGAGUCUGUCAUAUACAAGCUAUUCUGCAGCUCUACACAUCAACCUACAUCCCACCCUUCUGUAAACUAGCCAAGCAAAUCCAGGAUAGUACUUUGCAGGCUCAGUCAAACGUCUCCUUCCUGUCCCUACUGAAAGAGCCAUGUGAGGAGCUUGCUCAGCUUAAACCUCGUGAGAUUGCACCCAAACUCGCUCACAUCCUUAACCUCAUCCGUGUGAUAUGGGUCAACUCCAGCUACUACAACACCCGUGACAGGAUCACGGUUCUAUUAUGCAAGAUUAGUAAUGAGAUCAUCCGUCUGUGCUGUCGGGAGAUUUCUCUGGACAGGAUCUUCCAGGGUUAUGUGAUCUCCAGCAAGCAGAUUCUGAAUGACUGUAUCCAGUGCUGCCUGGCUUGGAAAGAGCUCUACCUACACACCUCCCAGCUCCACCACAAAUACUCCUCCCAAGGGUGGUCGCUUGACCAGAUUACCAUAUUUGCUCUGGUGGAUUCCUUUGUGCGGAGAUGCAAAGAUCUAAUAGAGGUGUGUGAGUGUCAGCAGAAGUUUGCUCGCUGGGAAGAGGGUGAGCGAGUGCCGUUGCCAUGCUUUGCUGGACGUCAGGGGUCAGAGGUCACACAGAGACUGCUGUACAUAGAGGCAACCUUUAACAACAGCCUGCAAAUCCUGCACUCUGUUAAGGACAUCCUGGAUGUCAGAAAUCCCUCUUGGCAUGAGGACUACAGCAGGUUCCGUGGUAAAGUGAAAGAUCUGGAGGUGAUGAUGCAGAAUUUGAUCACUUCGACCUUCGAGACUGUGAACUGUGUGGAGGAAGGAGUACAGCUGCUUGACGUGUUUCAGCACCUGUCUGGACGAGAGGCAAUCAAGCGGACCAUUGACAGAAAGACGGUGGAUGUAUACGCAUUGCUUAGUGCUGAGCUGAGUGAUAUUAAUUUGGUGAUGUGCAGGCUGUCAUCGCUCACUCCUGCUCAGAUGCCUCAACACGCAGGACAGGGGCAUUGGACCCGAGCACUCCGAUCACGGAUAGAAAGACCCAUGGAGGUUCUCCGGCGUGCUCAUUUCCUGCCACACGUCAGCAGUGGAGAGGAGGUGCAUGUGAAUUAUGCUAAGCUGUGUCAGACUCUGGAUGAGAAGGUGAGGAGGAUCUUCACAGACUGGAGUCAGAGUCUGAACAGAGAGUGUCUCAGCAGUCUCAACCAGCCACUCAUGAUCCGCUGUAAAGGGAAGACAGGCCCGCUGGACAUCAACUUUAACAAGAACCUGUUGAAGAUGUUUAAUGAGAUUCAUUACUGGGACCGACUGCUCUUCGAGAUCCCUCACUAUGUCACAGAGGUGUAUCAGCGCAGAGAGGAACUCCACAACCUGAGAGAGAAUGUCCUCCUAGUUGUUAGAGACUAUAACAGAAUCAUUAAGGCUCUAAAUGCAGAUGAGCUGGGUCUCUUUUCUGAGAGAAUUCGGUUCCUGGAUCGGAAAAUCCAGCCAGGCCUGUCAAAACUGCACUGGUCCACAAAAGGAACAGCCAGCGUCUUUAUCAGUGACUGCAGAGUGCACGCCAACAAGGUGCAGUUAAUGGUGGAUGAGUAUAAGGCAGCUAGCUUAGCUGCUUCUAAACUCUGCGAGCAUAUCAGUGAGCUGCUUUUGGUGCGUGUGGAUGGCAAGAUGGUCUAUGGAGACCUGGAGUUCCAGGAGGAUCAGCAGAGUCAUCAGCAUAGCCAGCUGCUCCGACUGCAGAAUGCUCACCAGGACAUCAUCAAAAUCAUGUCCAGAGUCUACGGGAUCUUCCACCUAGAUGGCCCAGAGGUGCAACAGCAUUGGGUGUCAUACAUGGAGAAGAUGGACCGAAUGGUUGAGGAGGCGUUUCGUGUGAAUAUAAAGCGCUCUCUACAGGAGCUCUCUAAAGCCAUCAAUGGAGAUGGCAAGACAUCCCCAAACCCCUUAUUCAGAGUAGAGGUGGUACUGACACAACAGACUCUUCGAUCUCCUGCUCAGGUGGAUUUCUCCCCUUCUCUCCAGAAACUGGCCCACUUAGUGAACAGCAUUAGCUCUCAGCUCAUCAAGACCAUGUCAGGGUUCAAACGUCUACCAGACCUGCUGACCCGCCAGCACUCACAACGAAAACCUAUCCAAAGCAUCAUCGAGCAAGAUGAAGAGAUCUGUAAGAUCCAGGCAGCCAUAGCUGCAGGAAUGGUGACUAAUGCAUCUUACCUGCAGACCUACCUGAAGACCUGGGACAAACACAGAGAGAUCUGGGAAAUCGAAAAAGACGGCUUUAUACAGCGCUACCAGCGGCUCAACCCUACAGUAACCUCCUUUGACGCUGACAUAGCCAGAUACACAGAGGUGGCGAAUAACGUCCAGAAGGAGGAGACAGUGUUAAGUCUGCAGUUCGUGUUGCUGGACUGUUCUCCACUCAAAUUCUCUCUGUUGCAACAUUGUAACGAGUGGCAGAGCAAGUUCACACAGCUGCUCAGCCUUAUGGCCAGUGCCAAACUAAAGGAACUGCACAGCUUCCUGCAGGAAAAUGCUCUCAGGGUGUCUCAGCCUCCUCAGACUCUGCCGGAGUUGGGAGAGAGUCUAAAACUUCUGGAAACUCUGCAGGCAGAUCUGAGUAAGAUAGAAAGUCAGAUUCCGCCCAUCCACGAGCAGUUUGCCAUCCUUGAGAAAUACGAGGUUGCCGUCGACCCCGCUGUGUUGGAGUUGCUGGAGGCUCUGAAUUCAGAGUGGGUGUGGUUUCAGCAGGUUGUGAUUGACAGUAACGUCAUGUUGAAGAAACACAAAGACAUGAUGAAGAGUGGGCUGGUCCUCUCCUCUGAGGAGUUUAAGAAGAAGACACAGUCUGCCCUGCAGAGCUUCGAUAGCAAUGGUCCAUUUGGCAGCAGUGUAGCCCCAGAUUCUGCACUACAGCAGGUGUCAGAGCUGCGUACCCAGUUGGAGGCUCUUAAAGAAGAGCAGCAGAACAUACGCUAUGGUCUCAACAUCUUUAAUAUUGAACAGCCAGCCUCUAAAGACAUCCUCAUUCUUGAGAAGGACAUGAAUUACCUGCAGCAGGUAUGGGAGAUUGCCCAGCAGUGGGAGGCUCUUUGGGACGAGUGGAAGGGGGGUCACUUGGCCUCUCUACAGACCGAGGCCAUGGAUAACACCGCCCAGACCAUGUUCAAAAGACUCCACACACUCAGCAGAGAGUUCAAGGACAGGCACUGGGAGGUUGUGGACUUCUCUAAGAGCAGGAUCAUGCAGUUUAAGAAAAUCAUCCCACUGAUCACAGACCUUAGAAAUCCAGCCAUGAGAGAGAGACAUUGGGAUCAAAUAAGGCAAGAAGUGCAGCAAACAUUUGACCCAACCAGGGCAGACUUCACACUGGAGAAGAUUGUGGCUUUGGGUCUGGACCACCAUGCAGAGCGGAUCAGUGACAUAUCAGGAGCGGCCAGCAAAGAGCUCUCAAUAGAACAGACACUGGAAGGCAUCACGAAGACAUGGGAGGAAACAUCCCUGGACAUCACACCCUACAAAGACAAAGGUCACCACAAACUGAGGGGAACAGAUGAAGUGUUCCAGGCUCUGGAGGAUAACCAGGUGACACUCUCUGUAAUGAAAGCAUCUCGAUUCGUCAAAGCAUUUGAAAAGGAAGUUGAUCACUGGGAACGUAGUCUGUCUCUGGUGCUGGAAGUCAUAGAAAUGAUCCUCACUGUACAAAGACAGUGGAUGUAUCUAGAGAAUAUCUUUCUGGCAGAUGACAUACGUAAGCAGUUGGUUCGUGAGACAGCUGAAUUUGAUGAUGUCAACUCCAGUUGGAAGAUCAUCAUGGACCGACUCGACAAGGACAAAAAUGCUCUCAGAGGAACUCACUAUCCAGGUCUUCUAGAGAAGCUCUCAGAAAUGAACACUAAGUUAGAGGAGAUUCAGAAGUCUCUGGACAUGUACCUGGAGACCAAAAGGCAAAUCUUUCCUCGGUUUUACUUUCUGUCUAACGAUGACCUUCUGGAGAUCCUGGGCCAGUCACGCAACCCUGAAGCUGUGCAGCCACACCUCAAGAAGUGCUUUGACAACAUCAAAAGUCUCCGCAUCAACAAGGUUGGGAUCAAUAACAACAAAUCAGAGGCAAGUGGGAUGUUCUCAGCUGAUGGGGAGUUUGUUGACUUCACUCAUCCUGUUCUUCUGGAGGGGCCAGUGGAGGCAUGGUUGUGUGAUGUCGAGCGAACCAUGCGUUGGACUCUAAAGGACUGUCUGAAGAACUGCUCGAUGGCUCUCAAGAAGAUGCCAGGGAAGAGGGGCAAAUGGGUACGAGAGUGGCCUGGACAGAUGUUGAUCACAGCCAGUCAAAUCCAGUGGACCACAGACGUCACCAGAGCACUCAUGACCAGCAAAGAGAGAGCAGAUAAGGCUGCUCUUAAAUCACUUAAAAAGAAACAGGUGUCCAUGCUCAGUCAGUACUCUGAAGCCAUACGAGGGAACUUGUCAAAGAUUCUACGCUUGAAGAUCGUCGCCCUGGUCACUGUUGAGGUCCACGCCCGUGAUGUCAUCAGCAAACUGGCCAAAGCAGGCUGUUGUGAUGUCAGUGCCUUUGACUGGCUGUGCCAACUCCGCCUGUACUGGGACAAGGAUGUGGACGACUGCAUCAUCAAACAGACUAAUACCCACUUCCACUAUGGCUACGAGUACCUAGGCAACUCUGGUCGUCUGGUCAUCACCCCCCUCACAGACAGGUGCUACAUGACUCUUACCACAGCGCUGCAUCUGCACCGGGGCGGUUCUCCCAAAGGCCCUGCUGGGACUGGGAAGACAGAGACGGUUAAAGAUCUGGGUAAAUCUUUGGGCAUGUACGUGAUUGUGGUCAACUGCUCAGAAGGCUUGGACUUCAAAUCCAUGGGCCGCAUGUACUCUGGCCUGGCUCAGACAGGCGCGUAGGGUUGUUUUGAUGAGUUUAACCAUAUAAACAUUGAGGUGUUGUCCGUGGUUGCUCAGCAGAUCCUGUCCAUCCUGUCUGCUCUGUCUGCAUGUCUGUGUCUGUGGUUCUCAUCACCUCAGUUCCUGUUGUUUCUGCGUGUGUUUGUUUCUUCUGUAGGCUACGCUGGCCGCACUGAGCUGCCUGAUAAUUUGAAGUCUAUGUUUCGGCCGAUCUCUAUGGUAGUGCCAGAUUCCACCCUUAUAGCUGAGAUCAUGCUUUUUGCAGAGGGUUUCAAUAACUGCAAGGUGCUGGCUAAGAAGGUCUUCACUCUGUAUUCUCUGGCAGUACAGCAGUUGUCUAAACAGGACCACUAUGACUUUGGCUUGAGGGCUCUCACCUCUCUGCUUCGCUAUGCUGGGAAGAAGCGCAGAGCUUGCCCUGACAUUGUCGAUGAAGAGAUCCUGCUGAUGUCUAUGAAGGACAUGAACAUCGCUAAACUAACCUCCAUCGAUCUGCCACUGUUUAAUGGGAUCAUCCAGGAUCUUUUCCCUGCUGUGGAGACACCCACUAUCGACUAUGGAAAGCUGAAAGAAGCUAUAGAGGCAGAACUUCGACAGAACGGUCUCCAGGUGACCCCCUUCACCGUGACCAAGGUAAUUCAACUGUACGAGACCAAAAACUCCCGACACUCCUCAAUGAUCGUGGGGAAGACGGGCAGCGGAAAGACGGUCACAUGGAGAACCCUUCAAAACGCGCUCAGCACCCUGCAUCGCAAGGGAGAACCGGAAUUCAACAUCAUACGUGAGUGUCCACUAAACCCCAAGGCAGUGAGCCUGGGAGAGCUGUAUGGAGAAUACAACCUCUCCACCAAUGAGUGGACAGACGGCGUCCUCUCCUCGCUUAUGAGGACAGCCUGUGCAGAUGAGAAGCCUGAUGAGAAGUGGAUUGUGUUUGACGGGCCAGUGGACACGCUGUGGAUCGAGAGCAUGAACUCUGUAAUGGAUGACAACAAAGUCCUCACACUCAUCAACGGAGAGAGAAUCUCCAUGCCCGAACAGGUCUCGUUAUUGUUUGAAGUGGAGGAUCUAGCUGUGGCGUCUCCUGCUACCGUGUCCCGCUGUGGAAUGGUUUACAACGACUACUCUGAUUUGACCUGGAAGCCUUAUGUUCAGUCCUGGAUGGAAAAACGGCAGAAGGUUGAAAUGGAUCAUCUCAGGCAGCUGUUUGACCGCCACAUAGACAAGACCCUCACCUUUAAGAAGACUCAUUGUAAGGAGCUGGUGCCCAUCACUGAACUGAACGGAGUGGCAUCGCUCUGUAGGCUCUACGACUCACUGGCCACUCCAGAGAACGGGGUGAACCCAGCGGACUCUGAAAACUUUGGCCGUAUGGUGGAGCUCUGGUUCAUCUUCAGUCUCAUAUGGUCUGUGUGCGCCUCCGUAGAUGAGGAUGGACGCAAGAAGAUUGACAACUUCCUGCGGGAAGUAGAGGGAAGUUUCCCAAAUAAGGACACCAUCUACGAAUACUACGUGGACACCAAGAACAAAACGUGGGCGUCAUUUGAGGACAAGUUGCCCAAAGGCUGGCGCUACGCCUCCAACGCUCCGUUCUAUAAGAUCAUGGUCCCCACAGUGGACACUGUGCGCUAUCAUUAUCUGGUCAAGGCUCUGGUGUCCACUCAGCACCCUGUGCUCCUGACAGGUCCAGUGGGGACAGGAAAGACUUCAGUGGCCCAGAAUGUCCUGCAGAGCCUAGACUCAGUCACGUGGGCCAUGCUCACCAUCAACAUGUCCUCACAGACUAGCUCUAAUAACGUGCAGGAGAUCAUCGAGUCUCGAGUGGAGAAGAGGAUUAAAGGUGUGUAUGUCCCAGUGGGAGGGAAAAGGAUGGUUGUUUUCCUGGAUGAUCUCAACAUGCCCGCCAUGGACGACUUUGGCUCACAGCCUCCUCUGGAGCUGCUCCGUCUCUGGAUCGACUAUGGCUUCUGGUACGACCGCCAGAAACAGAUCCUCAAGUGUAUCAAGGACAUUUAUCUGCUGGCUGCUAUGGGGCCCCCUGGUGGAGGGAGGACUCAGAUAUCAGGACGCCUUCAGAGUCGCUUUAAUCUUAUCAACAUGACAUUUCCUACAGAGUCUCAGAUAAAGCGUAUCUAUGGCACCAUGAUCAGUCAGAAGCUGCAGGAGUUUGAGGAGGAGGUGAAGCCCAUCGGGGGGGUUCUGACUCAGGCCACCCUGGAGCUCUACCACGCCAUUACCGCCCGCUUCUUACCCACGCCCGCAAAAAUACAUUAUCUCUUCAACCUCAGAGACAUCUCCAAGGUGUUCCAGGGUUUAUUGCGAGCACACAAAGACUUCCACGACACCAAACAGAGCAUCACCCGCCUCUGGAUUCAUGAGUGCUUCAGGGUCUUCUCUGAUCGACUGGUGGAUCAUGCAGACAUGGAGACUUUUGUGGGACUUCUGUCAGAAAAACUAGCUUCUUAUUUCGAUGUCCCCUACCACACAAUUUGCCCUAACAAACAGCCUCCUAUAUUUGGUGAUUUCCUGAGGGAGCCACAUGUGUAUGAGGACCUGUUGGACUUCAAAGCUCUUAAGGUUCAUAUGGAGAACGAGCUAGAGGAUUAUAACCUCACGCCUGGUGUGGUUCCCAUGAGUCUGGUGCUCUUUAGAGAUGCUAUAGAACAUGUAACGCGUUUGGUACGUGUGAUCAGUCAGCUCCGGGGGAACAUGUUGCUGGUCGGUAUCGGUGGCUCAGGCAGACAGAGUUUAUCCAGACUCGCCGCCUACAUCUGUAAGUUUACAGUCUUCCAGGUGGAGGUCACCAAACAGUACCGCAAACAAGAGUUCAGAGAGGAUAUUAAAAAGCUCUAUCGGCUGACAGGAGUGGAAAACAAGCCCACUGUGUUCUUGUUUAAUGACACGCAGAUCGUGGACGAGUCCUUUCUUGAAGACAUUAACAACAUUCUGAGCUCAGGGGAGGUGCCCAAUCUCUAUAAAGCAGAUGAGCUCGAUGAGAUUUACAAUGCUCUGUCAGACUCAGCCAGGAAGGACAAUAUCCUGGAGACAUCAGACGCCAUGUUUAACUACCUGAUAGAGCGCGUCAGAAACAACCUGCACAUUGUGCUGUGCAUGAGCCCUGUAGGAGACCCAUUCAGGAACCGUAUUCGACAGUACCCAGCCCUUGUGAACUGCACAACGAUAGACUGGUUCUCUGAAUGGCCACGUGACGCUCUAUUGGAAGUGGCUGAAAGAUUUUUGGAUGGACUCUCUUUAGGGAGCGAGGAUGGGAUCCAGACUAAUGUUGCCAGUAUCUUUGUGACCAUGCACCAGUCUGUGGCCCAGUUCUCUCACAGGAUGAAAGUAGAACUGAAGAGACACAAUUAUGUCACACCCACCAACUACCUGGAGCUGGUUUCUGGAUACAAGAAGUUGUUGUAUGAGAAGCGUGGCGAGCUCGGAGAGCAAGUGUCUAAGUUGAGGAAUGGCUUGUUUAAAAUUGACGACACACGCAGUAAGGUAGAGGGCAUGUCUGUGGAGUUGGAAGAGGCCAAGAAGAAAGUGGCUGAGUUCCAGAAACAGUGUGAGGAAUAUCUGGUUGUCAUUGUGCAGCAGAAGAGAGAGGCAGAUGAACAGCAGAAGGCGGUGGGUGCUCACAGUGAGAAAAUAGAAGCAGAAGAAAUCAAGUGUAAGGCCAUGGCUGAGAACGCUCAGAGAGACCUAGAUGAAGCACUUCCUGCUCUAGAGGAAGCCAUGAAGGCUCUGGAGUCGCUGAAUAAGAAAGAUAUGACGGAGAUCAAGUCUUAUGGCAGACCUCCAGCUCUUGUGGAAACCGUCAUGCAGGCAGUUAUGAUCCUCAGAGGAUGUGAUCCAACUUGGGCGGAGGCCAAGAGACAACUGGGAGAGGGAAACUUCAUUAAGCAGUUGGUGAAUUUUGAUAAGGACAACAUCUCCGACCGCGUGCUGAAGACCAUUGGACAUUACUGCACGCAGCCCGACUUCCAGCCUGAGAUCAUCGGACGGGUCUCGCUCGCUGCAAAGUCUCUCUGCAUGUGGGUCAGGGCCAUGGAGGUAUAUGGCCGUAUCUACAGGGUGGUUGAGCCAAAGAGAGCAAGGCUGCAUGGAGCAAUGACUCAGCUGGCUGAGAAACAGGCCGCACUGGCUGAGGCCCAGGGCAAACUCAGAGAGGUAGGAGAGAAACUGGAUCAGCUGAAGCGGCAAUAUGAUGAAAAGCUGGCCCAGAAAGAGGAGCUACGGAAGAAAUCCGAGGACAUGGAGAUCAAACUGGACCGGGCCGGCAAGCUGGUGUCUGGACUGGCAGGAGAGAGAGUUCGCUGGGAGGAGACAGUGGCUGGUCUAGAGAAGAACAUGUCCUGUUUGGUGGGAGACUGCCUGCUGGCUGCUGCUUUCCUGUCCUACAUGGGCCCUUUCCUGUCCAACUACAGAGAUGAGCUGGUCACAAAUAUCUGGAUGAAACAGGUGAGAGAACUGGGGGUGCCGUGUUCUCCGGGAUUCAGCUUUGCCAUGUUCCUGUCUAAACCCACGGCAGUGCGCGAAUGGAAUAUCCAAGGCCUUCCGUCUGAUGCCUUCUCCACUGAGAACGGAGUCAUCGUCACCCGUGGCAACCGAUGGCCACUAAUGGUGGACCCUCAAGGACAAGCGCUGAAGUGGAUUAAGAACAUGGAGUCCAAACGGGGGUUGAAGGUAAUAGACCUGCAGAUGCCGGAUUUUUUGCGGAUCCUGGAGAAUGCAGUGCAGUUUGGUUCCCCAGUUCUUUUGCAGAACGUCCAAGAUGAACUAGAUCCUUCACUAGCCCCCAUUCUCAACAAGUCCCUCACAAAAGUUGGUGGGCGUUUCUUGUUAAAACUGGGAGAUAAAGAAGUGGAAUACAGUCCUGAAUUCCGUUUCUACAUGACCACCAAACUGUCCAAUCCACAUUACACUCCUGAAAUCUCUUCCAAAACCACCAUUGUCAACUUUGCUGUUAAAGAACAGGGUCUGGAGGCCCAGCUGCUGGGGAUCGUGGUGAGGAAGGAGCGUCCUGAGCUGGAGGAACAGAAGGACUCUCUGGUGAUCAACAUCGCCUCUGGCAAGAGGAAACUGCAGGAGCUGGAGGACGAGAUCCUGCGGUUGCUGAAUGAGGCGUCCGGCUCCCUGCUGGAUGACGUUCAGCUGGUGAACACCCUGCAGACCUCCAAAGUCACGGCCACGGAGGUCGCAGAACAACUGGAGAUCAGCGAACUGACCGAGAGCCAAAUCGAUACCGCCAGAGAGGCCUACCGCCCCUGCGCCCAGAGGGCAUCCAUCCUGUUCUUUGUACUGAAUGAUCUGGGCUAUAUAGAUCCCAUGUAUCAGUUCUCUCUGGACGCCUACAUCAACCUGUUCACCCUGAGUAUAGAGAGCAGCCCCCGCAGCCACAAACUGGAAGAGAGGAUAAACAACCUCAACAGACACCACACUUAUGCCGUCUACAGAUACACCUGUCGAGGACUGUUUGAGUGUCACAAGCUCCUGUUCAGUUUCCACAUGUGCGCCAAGAUCCUGGAGGCGUCCAGAAAGCUCAACAUUGAUGAAUACAGCUUCUUUCUCCGGGGGGGACUGGUUCUGGAUAAGGAGAAACAGAUGGAUAACCCCUGCUCUAGCUGGCUGUUGGACUCUAACUGGGACAACAUAACUGAACUGGAUAAACUGACUAAUUUCCAUGGACUCAUGGCCUCGUUUGAGCAGUACCCUCGAGACUGGCACCUCUGGUACACCAAUCCAGAACCAGAGAAAGCACCGCUUCCUGGUGAAUGGCAAAAAAACUGCAAUGAGCUGCAGAGGAUGCUGAUUGUACGUUCUCUCCGACAGGAUCGCAUCUCUCUCUGCGUCACGACUUUCGUCAUCAAUAACCUGGGCUCUCAGUUUGUAGAGCCGCCCAUUCUUGAUAUGAAGGCUGUUUUAGCGGACAGCACCAUGAGGACUCCUCUGAUCUUUGUGCUGUCCCCUGGUGUGGACCCAACAGCAGCCCUGGUUCAGCUGGCAGAGACGUCAGGCAUGGGUCAGCGCUUCUUUGCCCUCUCACUGGGUCAGGGCCAGGCACCCAUUGCAACACGGCUGAUCAAAGAGGGAGUCGCAAAUGGUCAUUGGGUGUUCUUGGCUAAUUGUCACCUGUCUCUCUCUUGGAUGUGUGAGCUGGAUAAACUAGUAGAUGAGUUACAAAUCCAAGAAUGUCAUCCAGAUUUCCGACUGUGGCUAAGCUCCUCCCCUCACCCAGAAUUCCCCAUUGCCAUCCUGCAGACAGGCAUCAAAAUCACUACUGAGCCUCCUAGGGGGGUGAAGUGGAAUAUGAAGCGUCUCUAUCAGCGAGUGUCUGAGUCUCAGUUCUCACGUUGCUCGCGGCCGCUGCUGUACCGUAAGCUGCUCUUCGCUCUCUGCUUCUUCCACAGCGUCAUCCAGGAGAGAAGGAAGUUCCUACAGCUCGGCUGGAACAUUGUCUACAGCUUCAACGACUCUGACUUUGAGGUGAGUGAGAGUCUUCUGAGUCUUUAUUUGGAUGAGUAUGAGGAAAUCCCCUGGGAUGCUCUCAAGUUUCUCAUCGCUGGGAUCAACUAUGGAGGACAUGUGACUGACGACUGGGACCGACGUUUACUUACCACUUACAUCAACCAAUAUUUCUGUCCUGCUGUUAUUGAUACGCCCUUCUUUAAGGUCUCCUCGUUGGUGCAUUACUAUGUUCCUCGUGAUGGGCCUCAGUCCUCAUAUUUGGACUUCAUUGGUCAGUUGCCAGCACUGGAGCACCCGGAACUAUUUGGACAACACCCCAAUGCUGACAUCGCCAGCCAGAUCACAGAGGCUCGAACCCUCUUCCACACACUACUGUCUCUGCAGCCACAAGUCACCAGCACCGACACCACCAGCCCUGGAGCCAGCAGGGAAGAUAAGGUGUUGGAAUUUUCUGCUGAUGUUCUGCAGAAGAUUCCUGCUGAGAUUGACUAUGAGGGUACUAGAAAGUUGCUAAAGGAUGACCUUUCACCUCUAAAUGUAGUACUGCUGCAGGAGAUCCAAAGAUACAACGCACUGCUGCACACCAUCAGGUUAUCUCUCUUAGAGCUAGAGAAGGGCAUUAAAGGCCUGGUUGUGAUGUCCAGCAGCCUAGAGGAGAUAUUUCACAAUAUCCAUGAUGCUCGUGUACCUCCUCUCUGGGAAAAGGUGUACCCAUCUCUGAAGCCCCUGGCGUCUUGGACAAGGGACCUCUGCCAGCGCGUGGAGCAGUUUGCUCGCUGGGCGGAAACUGCUCGCCCUCCUGUCCUCUUCUGGCUGUCUGGAUUUACCUUCCCUACGGGCUUCCUCACCGCUGUACUGCAGAGCUCUGCACGCCAGAACAACGUGUCUAUAGACACUCUAUCCUGGGAGUUCAUUGUCAGCACUAUGGAUGACAAGAAUCUGCAUUCCCCUCCCAAGGAUGGAGUGUUCAUCCAGGGGCUGUAUCUGGAGGGGGCGGGCUGGGAUAAGAAAGCUUCCUGUCUGGUAGAGGCAGAGCCUAUGCAGCUAUUCUGCCCCAUGCCCUCCAUCCACUUCAAACCUGUGGAGAGCCGCAAGAGGGUCGCCAAGAAUAUGUACUCCUGUCCCUGCUACUACUACCCUGUGCGGUCCGGUGGUAGCGGUCGGCCAUCAUUCGUGGUGCCCGUUGAUCUGAAGUCUGGAGCUGUGCCUUAUGAUCACUGGAUCAAGAGAGGAACCGCUCUGCUCAUGAGCCUUGAUAACUAAACACACUCACACUUUCAGUGACACUUGAUUAACACUCCUUCGUGUCUAAUUUUAUGCAAUGCACAAAAGAGGUCAAGCACUUGUUAUACCGUUUUACACACUGAGUAAAUUUAAUUUAAGAAGAGAAAUUAAUAUGUGCCGAAUCACAAGAGAUGAAAUUAAAACUCUAGCAAUUUGUUACUUUUAUGAGAUUCAUUUAAAUGUUUAAUAAAACAGCUCAGCAUUUUCUCAUUUGUUGGUGUUGCAGAUUUUCCACAUAUUAAAAAUUAACAACCAAUAAUUUCACUUGAUGGGACAACAGUCAUGAAAUUCAGUAUAUGCCUGCAGGAUGUCAGCAAGAUGCUGUGUAUUAAAUUUUGUGAGAAUCGGCCACAAGGUGGCACUACAAUUGACUUUUUGUAAAGAUCUCAGAAAUGAACUGGA